UUACCAUUUGUUUAACAAUAUCAAGACAAAGUUCAAAAGAAAAAAAUGAAAGACAGUUAUUUUGGAGCAACACAAGCUUAUACCAGAGAGGAUUUUGACUCGAACAUUGAGGAACUAAAGAAGAUUGAGGAAUUUUAAGUCUUUUUUGCUUGAAUAUAAACAGUUCGUAAGUCUUCUAAACUAAAACGUGUGCCCCUUCGCUGAUUACUUAAAUCAAAGCGAGAAAAUGGACAACUUUUCAAAAUUGCCAGAGGAAUGUAUCUCUGAAAUUCUUUCCUUAACUUCGCCGGCGGAUGUAUCCGCUUCUUCUACCAUUUCUAAGCGUUUCAAAUCAGCAUCCGACUCCAAUAUUGCUUGGAACAAAUUUGUGCCGUCGGAUAUCGACGACAUCAUUUCCAAAUCAUCGACUCCAUUGCCCUUUGAGUUACCGCCGCCGUCCAAGAAGCAUCUAUUUCUCAGCCUCUCCGAUAACCCGAUUGCCCUUGAUGCAGGCAAACAGGUGGAAUUAUUUCUGUUUCUGCAUUUUUACAUCUGGUUUUGGAUCUUUUAAUUAAAUUUAUUUUAAUUACCUCAUAUUAAAACUUGAAAACAGAUGUUUUAUCUGGACAAGUGUUCUGGCCAGAAAUGCGUUAUGAUUGCGCCCGCCGAGCUUGCUUUCUUUGGGACCAAUGUUAGGGCCGAGUACCCGAUAAGCAGACCCGACCCAAGCGCCAGGUUCAAGGAAGUAGCUGAGCUCAUAUUGAAUUUUGGUGUGUUUGACAUUUGCUUCAAAAUGCCAAAUCAAAUGUUGUUAUCCAAGGAAACACAUUAUUCAUGUUAUUUGAUGUACAAAGAAGAAGAUGAAUAUCACUCUGGGGAUAUUGAAUAUAGUGAUUCAACCAUUAACGCCCUUAACGAUGUCCCUAUAAUUGGACAUAACAAAAGGGUUGGAAAGGACGGGUGGGAGGAAAUAGAAAUUAAAUCCUUCUACAACAACGGAGCAAAUGACGACGAUGAGGAUAUACGAGCGUCUGUUGGUGUUGGUUGGGAUUAUGAGUUUAUGAUCGUUCAAGGCGUCGAGUUUCGGCCUCGUGAUGUUCUGAGAAAAGAUUAUAGCAGCUGUUUUCCUGAUUUAUUCACAUCAAUAUUAAGGAAAUUCAAACUUGGUAAAUUCCCUCCAGGGAUGAUGGAUGACCUGGAUGAGCUACUCAACGAAUUACAUUUGGACUGAAGCUAAUAACAUGCCCUUGACAUCCAAGGAUAUGAACUAUAUUUUAAGCUUCAUUUCAUGCCAUUUUCCUUUACACCAAAAACAAAGACUAGAGUGUUGCUCGUCAGAUUUUGAAUGGAUUUUAUGUUUAUUGCCAGUUGUUAUUUGAACAAUAUUAUGAUUAUCACUAUCUCUUGGAUCACU